AUGAAUUUCAUCAUGAAAGACCAGGACACAGAAGCCAUAGAUGUCACAAAAGGUAAACAAGAUAUUACAGAAGUAGCUAACGACACUUUGCAGAUGGUCGGUGACAACAUGGAUCUAGCUGAUGUGGGCGCGAAUGAUUCUCAAGUGCCGACAGUAGCCACUGAUGAGCCAAAAUAUGCGCCUGCAGCGGACAGGUUGCCAGAGCCGAGCAAUACAUCGCGGGUUGUGAUCUGA